GGGACCAACAUCCAGAAUUUGUCAAAAUGGUUGAGGAAAACUGGAAUUCUGCAGGGGUAGAGGGAUGGAAGGUGUAUGUGUGCAAAGAGAAGCUCAAAAGAUUGAGGAACAAACUGAAGAAAUGGAACAGUGAAGUCUUCGGAAGUUUUGAGAAGCAAAUCGCAGAGGCAGCAGCAAAAAUCAAUGAUGUUGACAAUAAGAAUGAGGACGGCGAAUUAACAGAGGAGGAUAUCAUGCUAAGAAAGGAAGGCUUUAGUGAAUUAUGGGAAGCAUGGAAAAGAAGAGAAGUGGCAUGGAAACAGAAGACAAAGCUCGACUGGGUAAAGCAAGGAGAUGCUAAUUCCAAGCUAUUCCAUAGAAUAAUGAACAGCAACAGGAGGAGAAAAAUGAUUCGGGGCAUAUACAAAGAUGGAGCCUGGAUAGAGGAACCAAGUGUGGUGAAGCAGGAAGUGCAUGAAUACUUCAACAAAAUCUUUCAAGAAGAGCAGUGGGAUAGAAGACAGCGUUUGGCUAGAAAGAGAAGUGCCAGCAGAAGAAGUGAAACAAGCAGUGUGGGAUUGCGGAGGAGACAAAUCUCUUGGAUUAAGAAAGUACUACCCAAGCUGAUAAGUGGGACACAAUCAGCAUUUUUGGGAGGAAGACAGAUCACAGAUGGUAUUUUGAUUCUCAAUGAAGUGGUAGAGGAAAUCAGGAGGAAAAAAAUCAGCAGCUUCAUAUUCAAAGCAGACUUCGAAAAGGCAUACGACAGUGUGAAUUGGGAUUUCCUGGAUGAAAUGAUGAGAAGGCUCGGAUUUGGGGAGAAAUGGAGAUUGUGGAUUAAGGAAUGCUUGCAAACAGCUUCAGUAUCAGUGCUUGUUAAUGGAAGCCCAACAGAAGAAUUUAAAAUGGAGAAGGGGUUAAGACAAGCUGUCAACAAAGAACUAUUCCAAGGAAUUCCUGUAGGCUCCGGAGAUCUUAACAUCUCACAUCUCCAAUUCGCUGAUGAUACUGUUAUAAUGGGGAAGGCAGAACCGGGCAAUAUUAAAGCAGUGAAAGGAAUUUUGAGAUGGUUUGAACUGAUCUCAGGCUUGAAGAUUAACUUCAACAAAAGUGUCUUGUACUCAUGCUGUGUUUCGGAAGAAUGGAGGAGAAUGGCAGCAGCUAAUCUUAAUUGCAAAUCUGGAGAGUUUCCCUUCACUUACCUCGGGAUGCCAAUAGGUGACAGUAUGUGCAGACGAAAGCCUUGGAUUCCAGUUAUUGACAACUUUAAUAAAAAGCUGGUAGUCUGGAAAGCGAAAAGCCUGUCGAUUGGUGGCCGACUUACAUUGCUAAGCCCUUCUAGGGAAGUGGUGGGACAGAUUUGGGAAGGAAGACCAUAGUUUAUGGAAGAGAGUUAUUGUAGAUAAAUUUUAUGGAGGAAG